AUGGAAGAAAUAUUGAAACAAAUUAAUGAAGAUUGGUCGGAAUGUUCAACUGACCAAGAAAAGAUUGAAAGUAGUUUUGAUAAAUUGAUAAAGGAGAAGAGAGCAGAUCUUUUCUAUUCGGAAAGUGAUGUAAAGAAGAAGGCUGAAAAACAAAAAAAAAGACUUCGAUCAUGUGUAGCCAUGAUUGAAUCUGUAGAAAAGGCUGGAUCAUCAAAUGAAGAAUUAAUCAAGGAUUUACAAGAAAAGAAACUAAAGAUUAAACAUUAUAUCAAGAAACUUGACGUGAUCAACAAGCAAACUUUGAAUACAGGAGGUAAAUUUGUGGAACUAUUUCUUGGUAAAGAGAGUAGUGCAGUUCUUGUCGGAGAUGAUUCUAAAAAGUUUAAUUUCAAGAAGGAAUAUGAAAGUUUCAAGUACAAGUGCACUGUUUGGAACAUUCCAUUCACAUUAUUGUUAUACUUUUUCAUUCAAUCUCGUGCAAUUGAUACCCUCUAUCAAUUGUAUUUGACCUAUUUUUAUUUAACACUUGCUCUUAGAGAAAAUAUUUUGGCAGUGAAUGGAAGUAAUAUCAAGGCCUGGUGGAUUAGACAUCACUACCUCUCUAUCUUUUUAGUUAUUACAAUGUUAACAUGGCCAGAAACAGCAUUCUAUCAAGCAUAUCGUCCUUACUUUUUACUUUACGCUCUAUAUGCCUCAAUUGUCCAAGUUCUGCAAUACAAAUAUCAAAAGGAAAGAUUGUAUGUUAGAACAGCUAUUGGAAAGUCCAACAUGAUGGAUGUUGCCAACUCUGAUAGUUCUCAAGUUGUCGUCGAAUCAUCUCUUGCUCUUGUUUUCCUCUUACCAUUCAUCUUUAUUGGACAAAUCUUCCAAGUUUAUAAUGCUUACAAAUUAUUUGAUUGGGGAUUAUUACAUCCAGAAUCAUUUGGUGGUAUUACUGUUGAAUGGCAAGUUUAUGCUAAUGGUUUACUUUUCCUUAUUUUGGCACUUGGUAAUUUUGUCACCACUACUGAAGUUUUGGUAAAGAAGGUUAAGAGAGUCAAAAAGAGAAAGCAAGAAAAAGCUGCUCUAGCCAAGGCCUCAGAAGAAAAGAAGAUUGAAUAA